AUGGGCACCACAAGCAAAAGCAUACCAAACAAAACCUCAUUCCCCACGCGUAUGCGGCGGCAAUGCAGGACAUGCGUCCAAUGCGCCAAGGCGAAGCGGAAAUGCGACCAAAGAAGCCCCGCCUGCUUGCGUUGCCGGGGGAAAGGCCUUGACUGCAGCUAUCCGCCGCAACGCAACGCCCUCAUUCCUCUCGGGGAGCACGAGUCUAUGCUUGAGAUGAUUGAUAUUUCCCCGGAAAGGGGGGAAAGCCGUACUUGUUCGGCGGUCACAUCUGUGUCGAGGCCACAGACACCAAAUCACCCCACCGAGAUCGCCGUGUCCCAUCCGGAUAGAAAGACCGCCAACUGUGGCUGGUUUCUCACCCCGGAGUCUUGGACACGGUACCACGGGCUAAGCGAACCCCAGCCUGACUUGACUGCUAGCCAAAGGUCACUGCCCCACUUCAUCGACAAGCUGAAAGCAUGGAUGGCCGCUUGGGUAGCGGAUGGACAUUGCCCCAUUCUGCACCAACAGCUCUACCAGGACGGGAUGCCAGAGUGUGUCGAAGACGCCUACACGGCUCUCGCCGCCUACAACGCAGCCUCUCCCAGCGGCAAACCGAGAGUCCUACAAAUCAUCCAAAACCGUGUCGAUAAGCUGCUCACCCAGUACCCCCAACCCGACCUCGCCACUCUCGACGGCAUCUCCCCCGCCUGCCUGCUCGACACGCCCACCCACCUCGCGCGCACGCAGGCACUCUUCACCUACGAGCUGAUCACCCUCUUCGACGGCGACAUCCGCGCGCGCGUCGAAGCCGAGCGCCACGCCACCACCCUCAUCCUCUGGUGCCGCCAGCUGCUCGAGAGCGCCCAGCUCGACUGCGCAGCCGCACCCAUGCUCUCCCCCGCCGCCGUCACCCCAACACAAACGGAAACCCUUCCCCCUCACCCCACCUCUCCCCUCUCGCCCUAA